AUAUUCUCAAAUAAAUGACAUUUGACUUGUUGUAAACAAAGGGGUGAUUUCAUGAUCCCAAAAAUUUCAAGUAAGACACUAGUUACCUACUCAUGCUCAACAUUGCAGCCUAUAAAAAGGAAUGUUUUUUCAUACAGUCAACAAUAUACAGUGUGAUUAUUUUGGCCAUCAAUAAAAUAUUUAUCAGGUAUAAGAUAAGGAGAUAAGAUAACCUUUUACUGAUUCACUAGCUGGGAAAUGCAGGUGUUACAGCAUCACAAGGACAGAGAUACGUACCUAUAAAUAGAGACAAUUAAUGAUUAAAAGAGUAUAAAAUAGAAAUAAGAAUAAAAUAGAAACUAUACAGAGAUAGAGACUAUCUAGAACUAAAGUGCAAUAUUACCGGCAGUAGCAGCACACAUACCAAUACCCACAGCUAGUGUUGUACUUGAACUAAUAGUGCAAUAAAAGAGCAAAGUGAGUGUUGUGAUUUAUUAGCAGCCAAGUCAGCAACCUAAGAGUAACAUGAUCCCGUUUUUAGGCAAUAGUCAAUAAUCCAGUUUAAUAAACCCACUGGCUUUUGGUUUAGGGAAUCAGGGCAAUGUGAACUUCUGGGUUAUCCUGUAUAAACAUGUCAUCCCUACAGUGAGCAGAAGUUAGCGGUUACUCUGGUGAUGCGCUGCCCCCUACAUUUUUUAGCUACCUUCAACAGGUAGCUAAAGUAUAACUUACAUGUUACACCUUUAAACUGAACUUCAAGGUGGGCUCAAGAUUAGAUAGUAAAGCACGACCCACCUUAAGACCCUUAUCAUCUCAGUUGCUAGCUCAGUUAAUAUUGUGUUUUAGUUUUAAAUCCCAAGAAAAGCUGCAAAAAUUAGCCCAACCAUUGUGCACACACGGCUGCAACUUCUGGGGGUGUCUGCAGAUAUGAGGUAUGUCAGGUGCCAACUUUGGCCAACUGGUAAUCCAGUUGGAAUGCCUGUUUUAUUAUGUGUAAAGAGAAAAGCAUGUCAAUCUAAACAGUUAGUUGACUGAUGCACAAUACCAUCACACAACAAUUAACAAUGACAUAGACAAUUAGAAAUGGUUUCUACAGACAGAUUCAAGCAUUAACCGAUCUGAACUUAUUUUCUUUUAAAUCUUCACUUACCUUUUAUUCACUCUGAAUGAGUUCAUAAAUCCAGUGACAUGUGCAGGUUUUCUUCCUCUUGACCUCCUUGGAGCUUCCAGUAAAUGUCUAGUUGGAGGAGGCUUGAAAAGAAUAUCUGUUUUUAUUUUUCCUUGAAGCAACAACUGUGAACAGGAAUCUGUUCUUGUCAUCAUCAAUGACGAUACCUCAAAUUAUUAUAGAAUCAAGUAGAAUAGAAUAGAUAGAAUAGAUUCUUUACUGUCAUUGUUUUCAGAAGAAAACUACGAAACACUGAUGACAGCUCUUUGACAAGUAUAAAAUAUGGACAAAAACAGAUAAAAGAACAUUUACAGCAUAUGCAACAGUUAUCUUCCCCAUUAUCUGCCUCAGGGCCACACAGCAGUAUGAGUAACAUAAAGGUCAGUGAGAGCUGAAAUGAGUUUAGAGGUGGGGUACUCCAUGGGCCAAGGGAAUCAAAAUCAUCUACAAGGGGACUGUGAUAAUCACAAUUCCAUUGUUUUAUAUGUUUAUGUAUGUUUAAUAUUCAUAUAUUUGAUCAGUUUUAAUGGCUGAAUGCUGGUAUCAAAACAGAAGUCCAAAGUGUGCGGCGACUAAUCUGUGAACUGCCCCAAUAAAGUAAAAGAUCAUAAACUUGUUUCAAGACUCCCGAGUGCAGACGCUGAACCUUCACUUUGACUUCAAGGAACGAAAGUAUAACAUCUCUGCUCCAGUUGGGUCACCAUGAGACUGGUAUUUCCUAACCCAGGACUGGAUCAGAGGAUCCCCACCUAUGAGGACAUUGAGAGGAUGGAUAAGGAGGAGGCCGGGGACAGGCCCAAGUGGGACAACAAAGCCCAGUACAUCUUAACCUGUGUCGGCUUCUGCAUCGGGAUUGGCAACGUGUGGCGUUUCCCGUACUUGUGUCAAAGUCAUGGAGGAGGUGCCUUUUUGAUCCCCUACUUGAUCCUGCUGGUGUUGGAAGGAAUGCCUCUGCUGCUGAUGGAGUUUGGCAUCGGCCAGCGUCUCAGGAAAGGCAGCGUGGGAGUGUGGAGGGCCAUCAACCCGUAUCUGACUGGUAUUGGUAUAGCCUCCAUGCUGGUCUCCUUGUUGAUUGGACUGUACUACAACACCUUGAUAGCCUGGAUCAUGUGGUACCUCUUCAAUUCCUUUCAAAACCCGCUGCCUUGGACCCAGUGUCCUCUCAAUGAAAAUGGCACAGAAUUUGUAUCAGAGUGUCAACGGAGCUCCACUGUGGAUUACUACUUCUACAGAGUGACUCUAAAUAGUUCGACCUCUAUAGAUGACUCUGGAGGAAUCCACUGGCCCAUCGUACUCUGCCUGCUUUCUGCCUGGACGGUCAUUUUUAUCUGUUACAUACGGGGGAUCAGCACUUCAGGCAAGGCAGUGUACGUCACAGCUAUUCUGCCUUACAUCGUGCUGGCUAUUUUCCUGAUCCGUGGACUGACUCUUAAAGGCGCGAUGAAUGGAGUAAAGUUCCUCUUCACACCAGAUGUGGACGAGUUGAUUAAUCCAACCACUUGGCUCGACGCAGGUGCCCAGGUCUUUUACGCCUUUAGCUUAGCAUGGGGAGGCCUCAUCUCCUUCUCAAGCUACAACCCUGUUCACAACAACUGCAUGCAGGAUGCUGUGAUCCUGUCUGCUAUAACCGGUCUCACCUCAAUCUAUGCUGCCACAGUCACCUACACCAUCAUUGGCUUCAGGGCCACAGACAGAUAUGACAACUGUAUCAGCGAUAACAUCGUGACAUUAUCAAAUGCAUUUGACCUUCCUGAAGGCAGCAUCACUGCAAGCAACUACGAGGCAGCCUUGAUUUAUUACAGCACAUCCGAUCCAAAUACUGUUCUUGGACUGGACUUAAAAAUCUGUGACAUGCAGAAACUUCUCAGUGAGGGAGUGGAGGGAACCGGUCUGGCAUUCAUUGUGUUCACUGAAGCCAUCACCAAGAUGCCUGGUUCUCCGAUCUGGUCUGUCCUCUUCUUCGUCAUGCUUCUCUGCUUGGGACUCUCAACCUUGUUUGGCAACAUUGAGGGAGUGGUGGUCCCGCUGAGAGACCUGAAUGUUUUACCUAAAAAAUGGCCCCAAGAAGCAGUGACUGGAGUAACAUGUCUUGUCGCCUUCAUCAUCUGCCUCCUAUUUGCACAGAACUCAGGGGUGUAUUGGGUAACUCUCUUUGACAACUUUGCUGGAUCUGUUCCACUGCUGACCAUCGGAUUGUGUGAGAUGAUAGCUGUUGUUUACAUCUACGGCAUAGACAGGUUCAACGAAGACUUGAAGUUCAUGAUUGGACAUAGGCCUUCCAUCUUCUGGCAGGUUUCAUGGAGGUUCAUCAGUCCACUAAUCGUUCUGGUUAUUUUAGUUUUCUACCUGGUGACACAAACCCAAAAGAAGCUCACCUAUUUAGUCUGGGAUCCAAACUCUGAGAAAUUCCCGACUAUGGCGUCAGUACCGUACCCUUCAUGGAUCAACGCGGUCGUCUUUUUGUUGGCAGGGAUCCCCAGUCUGGCAGUCCCUCUGUAUGCGUUAUGUAGGCUGGUGUUUGUUUACUGCAAGAAGAAAAGAGCGUCUGAGCAGAAAAGCCCUCUGCCCUAAACUGUUUAAAAGUCAGGUGGUUGUUUGUGUAUUUAUAUCAAUGCAAGUUCUUAAAGGUGCAAUAUGUAAGAAUUGACUGUAGCUGCCGUUAGCUGAUUAGCUCAGUUAGCAGUGCAGCUAGCGGUCCAGACAGUGAAGUUGGAGGACUGUUGGGACGUUAGUGUUUACACCAGUGGUAAAUGAGCUUUGGACUGAGAUGGGCUGGAGCUAGCUGCAAAUAGACAUCAUGAUGUCAGAUCUGCUAUUAAUAUUAUUAUUAUUAUUAUGCAAAUGAUUUUGGUUAAUAUUUGAGUAUUUCGGCUAAAACUCAUACAUAUUGCACCUUUACGACAGAUUUUAAACUUGUCUUGAUGCACGUAAAUUCUCCAUAUUUCUGCUCAUGUUUUGUGGAACUUCAUGGCUUCACUUUUACAUAGCUGUACUGUAUCUUUUUCCACUGGAGACAAAACUAAAUACUCUGCUCAUCCACCUUAGUUGUAUACCUGCACAUAAUGUCUUACAUGAACAUAUCUUACUUGUGUGUAAUUUCUUUACAGUAUUUUGCGUGCAUUACAUGAACUGUCAACAACUAGAAACGACAUACACAUUUAAAACAUGCUCGUAGCUGGCUUCAACAGAAACUGUCUCAUAUAUAGUCUGAGGUGUGUUUAAGAGCACAUUAAAUCACAGACAUGAAGGGUCAAGACGCCAUGCAGCUGUUUGGUGUUUACUGCUGCACCUGGGUCGAGCCACACAGUGGUGACUCAGGAGCCAAACAUGUCAUUGUUGGUGUGUUGUUUUUUGUGUUGUUUUGUUAUUUAUAGUUUCUGAGGAAGACCUAGACCGUAUAACACAUGUUCUGUAAAGGUUCAGAGAGGAGAGAAAACAUCUAUAAGUCUCAACACAAUUCUGUCAAUUCUGCCUUUCUUACCUUCAGAUAAACUGCAAGUUAUUGACUUAUUUUCGAAAUGCAAAGAUGUGAACUAAUUGGUUAUCUGAUCGGCCAUGAAGAGGAGGUAAUUAUCGGUUGUUGGUAGUGGAGGAAAAAAUCCAUUUUGCACAUUCCUAGUAUUAGGCAUUAAUAUAAUAGGUUAAUAGCUUAAACAAGCUACUGCGAUUUAACACAUUAUAUUUUUCACCAACUCAUUGUUUUAAAUUAUUAAAGUAUCCUAAACUGACCAAUAUUUUGAGUAGUAAUGGGUUAGUUCACAAUUUUCCAAGUCUCUCCUACGGAUGGGGAACAAAAUCCAGCUGUUGUAUUUAUAAUCUGAAGCUGCUAUAAGGCUACAGAAGUCUGAGAUAGUCAUAACAAGUUUGUAUCUUCCAGAGCUGUUAAAUGCCUCUUUUUCGGUUCAACAGUGUUUCCUUGUUGAGCUGCAAUUUAAAGAAAGCGUGGUAAUGGGUUAGACUGCCUGUCUCUGUUCACUUUGGCAGAGACAGGGUUCGGCCUGGACAGAUCCACAGUCUGUCACAUCACCGACACGUGUAGAAAGACAACACUCACAACAGAUUUAUAUAAAUGAAUGAGAAUCUAUCUAAACUGCACAUCUUUGAAAUGGAAGAGCCUGAGAAAAAAACACCAUAGACACUUGAAGAACAUGAAAACAUCACCAGCUGGCCAGUAACACAAACUCUUGAUUAGGUUUUGGGGAAGGUGAGGUUGGUCCAGGGCUUCAUGCAAGCUGGGACCGCCACUGGCUCAGGCAACAAAAAUAUUUGGUAAGGUUUAGGCGUACAAAUACUCAUCUACACAACCUUUUACUGUUGUUGUUUAACUCUAAUGUUCUCCCCCUCCCUUUUAGUUAAAUCUGCAAGAAGCAGACUUAAUUAGUGAAACAUCCCCUUCUCAGGUCUGCUUAAAAAGUUUGGUAUUAACUCGUACAGCUAACCGCCGGCGGUGAUCAAAGAGGAGAAAGAAAAGGGAUUUAGGCUUAUUCAUCCUCUUGCUCUGGAAAUAUGUGUUGAGGAAUGGCGCGCUCUGGUUGAGCUCGUGCAUCAAAAGAUUCAGCAAGAGUGACUCUGAAAUAGCUUCUCUGAAAUAAAAUCCGAUAUCUAUG